AUGUCUGAGCAGAUGCUUUUGAGUAUCACCAAUGGGGUGGAAAAGGUCCUGAAGGAACCCCCUACGUCUUCUUGCCCGCAAGUGUUGGCAUCAUAUCUGCACAACCUUGUAGAAUUAAAAACCUAUGCUAUGAAAGAGCGUGACUGGGUUAGCGGUACGCUCCUGGAACGCCUGGAGCGCGUUCAUCGCGAAUAUGCCGUCUUUAUGCCUCUACUUGCCUACGCAGGCGUUGGCGAUCUUAGCGCAUCCCACCCGGCUCCGCCCUUCACCCAGCUACCUCUUACGCCUUCCACCGUCUACCAAGGACUAGUCCCGGUCCAACUACAUGGCCAGGACGCUGUCGUGGUCAUGCCCACCGCACCGGAUUCCACUCGCAGAAGUCAGAACAACACUCUAUCAAGUUCCCCUUCUCCCCCGCAUGCAAAAGACGACCAGGCUCUUCCUGUCGACGAGUUUGCAGGUUUCCCCGAUGGCCAUGUUGGUCAUCGACAAUCUUAUCUUCGGCUCCCAAAGCCAAUCAACAAGCCGGCCGUUACUGAAGAUCUCGCACGGCAACUAAUGGGACGUCUAAUGUCCUCAGCGACGGACAUCCUUAAAGAUGACAACGCGCAUACUAGAGUGAAUGAGCCGUUUAACUUGGCCUGCCUCUCGUGUUUCGAAGAGGAGAUCAAGUGCGUGCGUGGAGAUUCUGGGACUGGGGGUAUUCCACGCUGCGUCCGCUGCAUCGCCAAGAAGCAGGACAAUCCUCAGCUCAAAUGCCGGAGGAACUGGCUUGUACAGGCUGCAAAGGAAUUGAUCAAGAAGUCCACCGAUGACAUCGACUCCGAGCAUGACACCUUGCGCUCCUCAAGCGCCGCUGCUGCCAUUUCCCCUCCCCUCGCAACCCUCACCGCAUAUAACGCCGAAGGGGAUUCUUUGGGUUUGGGUGUUCCGAGGGCGACUGAGCCGCUUGGGGUGAGAGCCACACUCCUUGCUACCAUCAGUGCACUCGUUGCUCAGGCAGAUGUCAUCGAUGAGGCGAUUGAAGAUCUUGUGUCUGCUCGUAGGUAG